UUGCCUGGUAACGCUGGUAACUCUGCCUCUUUAUUCAGCGUAGAAGAAGAAGAACACAACCAGCAUGGCGGAGCCCGCAGAGCACGUUGUUGACAUCUCGUCCUCAGAGACACAACAUCCAGAACCUCCAGAACCGGACCAACCAGGACCUUCAGAGACACCCAGAGACCCAGAGACACCAGACUCAGAGCCGGAGGACCAGGAGGAGGACCAGGAGGAGGAACCAGAGGAGCCGAAGCUCAGAGACACCCCGGAGGACAUCCGCCUGGAGGCCACCGCCAUGACGGUGUCCCUCCACCCGAGCAGGGACAUCCUGGUGUGCGGGGACAUGGACGGGGACGUGUACGCGUACUCGUACUCGUGCUUGGAGGGGGGGAACCGGGAGCUGUGGUCCUCGGGACACCACCUGAAGUCCUGCCGCCAGGUGCGCUUCUCAGAGGACGGACUGAAGCUCUACAGCGUCUCCAAGGACAAGUCUGUCCACCUGCUGGACGCAGAGCGGGGACAGCUGGUGACCCGGAUCCGAGGGGCGCACGAGGCGCCCAUCAACAGUCUGCUGCUGGUGGACCAGGACAUCCUGGCGACCGGGGACGACGGGGGGACACUCAAGGUGUGGGACAUGAGGAAGGGGACGGCCAUCAUGGAUAUGAAACAGCACGAGGAUUACAUCAGUGACAUCGCCGUGGACCAGGCCAAGAGGAUCCUCCUCACUGCCAGCGGUGACGGCACCAUGGGCGUCUUCAACAUCAAGAGGCGGCGGUUCGAGCUGCUGUCGGAGGUCCAGAGUGGCGAUCUGACCUCGGUGGCGCUGAUGAAGCGCGGCAAGAAGGUGGUCUGCGGCUCCAGCGAGGGGACCAUCUACAUCUUCAACUGGAACGGCUUCGGAGCCACCAGCGACCGCUUCGCCCUCAAGGCCGAGUCGGUGGAGUGCAUCGCCCCCAUCACCGACAACAUCAUGUGCACCGCCUCCAUGGACGGGUACAUACGAGCCGUCAACCUGCUCCCCAACCGGGUCAUCGGCUGCAUCGGGCAGCACGUCGGCGAGCCCAUCGAAGAGCUCGCCAAGUCCUGGGACUCCCGCUUCCUGGUCAGCAGCGCCCACGACCAGCUCAUCAAGUUCUGGGACAUCUCCGGUCUACCCAGCGCGACUGUCAAUGAGUACCGCAAGAGGAAGAAGAAAGACGGGCGGAUGAAGUCUCUCACCAAGAAAGCCCACGGAGACAACGACUUCUUCGCAGGACUUGUAGAGGAAACGGAAAAGAAGGAGGAGGAAGAGGAGGAGGAAGAAGAAGAGGAGGAUGACAGCGACAGUGGUAGCGAUUAAAAAGCAGCUGUCCCUGGUUUCAUGUUUGAAAUGUGUUGUUACUGUGCUACAGCUCAGCCAGAGUGCCUCACAGAGUUUGGAGUAUGUUCACUACGUGGAGGACAUUAACAGGAACUGAACCUCUGAUCUCGUUUUAAAGACGACUAAGACCAAGACACAAACCUCCAUCACUCACUCUGAGUUUACAAAGAGACGCGACACAAGUAUGAGGUGGGAUGAAGAGUGAACGUCCCAGAAGAUUAAACACUUUCCUUCAGAAAUAUUCAUUCAGUGGACAACCUCCGGGUCGUAAAGUGAAGCCGACGCUGAAGAGCCUUAAACCUGCAUUCUGUCUAGCAGCCAGCAGGGGGCGACUCCUCUGGUUCUAUAGAAGUCUGAUAGAAAAUGAGCCUCCUUCUCUCUUGAUUUAUUACCUCAGUAAACAUUGUAAACAUGAGUUUAUGGUUUCUAGAUAGACCAUAAAGCAGGGGAUGGGUGACGUCACGGUGACUACGUCCACUUCUUAUAUACAGUCUAUGCUUAAAACAGACGAACUCUAAGCUUUCAGAGCACUAGAAGCUAUGCUUCAUUUCCUAAAGGAUCUUAGUGGAAACUCAUUAAGGAACCCCAAAGAGCCUCCAUCAAUCUCUUUAUGAAAACCCCCAACUCGCUGGAUCCUGGAACGCGCCCUAUAAAUGGAUGAACCUAUAUAGAAAAAUUUGGAUAACGACAAGAAAACCAACAAAAGAAAAAACUAAAACUAAAAUCUACUUAAAACCACGAUGGAGACGGCCGAAACCAAGAUGGCGAUGGGCGAAACCAAGAUGGUGACGGGCGAAACCAAGAUGGCGAUGGGCGAAACCAAGAUGGUGACGGUCGAAACCAAGAUGGCGACGGCCAAAAUGCCAAACUCGAGGCUUCAAAACAGCCGUCCGCAAACCAGUGGGGGACAUCAUGGUGACUUCAUUCACUUCUUCACUUCGUAAUAAUAACUAUGUAGUGGUAUGGCAGACCAAAUGUGUCCAUAACCUUAAACUGUAAAGUACCAAAAGCUGUUAUAAAUAUCUGGUCUGACUUGUAAUCUUAUUGAUUCUUUGAUCAGGUAGUUUCUGAUUUAUAUCAACGUUUAGUUUUUUAUUUAAGCAAAGUUUUUGUUCGGCUGCUGAAAACAUUCAAGAACUUUUUUGGUAAAUGGGGAAAAAAAAACUUUUCAAAUCAAUAAAAGUCUGGUAUUGUAUUUAAAAUAAUCAAUAACCUGCCCCAGGCGUCUGCUGGGUACAUUUGUGGAAAAACAUAUUUGUAUUAACAUUAAAAUGUUUUUUUCUUAAUAU